AUGGCUUGCUCGUUACAAUCUCCUCUUGAAGCCGAUCUCCCUGUGAUUGACAUCUCACAAUUUCCCCACAAAAUUGAGGGAGAACAUCUUCAAUAUCAUCCGGAGGUUGUCAAACUCGGAAAAGCUUGUGAAGAAUGGGGAUUUUUCAGGCUGGUGAAUCAUGGAGUUCCACAAGAUCUUCUGCAAAAGGUUUUGUCUGUUAGCAAGGAUUUGGUGUCCAUGCCCAUGGAGGUUAAAGACAGAGCCACAACUUCUAAUCCGGUGGAGAGUUAUGUCCGUGCUCCAGGCAUUCCGACCACGUUUGAGACAUUUUGCUUCCUUGACAUGCCCAAUCCAGAUUCAAUCCUUGAAACAUCUCGAAAGAUAUGGCCCGAGGAAGGAAAUGCAAACUUCUGUGAAGCGAUGGGUGCAAUGAGUUUACAUCUAUCAGAUCUUGCACAAAGGAUAAUUAAACUCAUUCUGGCGAGUCUGGGUUUGGAUGUUGAAACUUUCUGCCACUCUGAUUUCGAGAAAUGUAUAGCCAUCUUGCGGAUAAACAACUAUUCAUCUCAUGGAAAAUCUAUUGGGGAGGUGGUUCUGACUCCUCACGCAGAUCCGGGUUGCCUGACAAUCCUUCACACUGAUGAAAAGGAAGGGCUUGAGGUGUGGAGCAAUGGUAAAUACUGGAGUGCCGUUCAUCGAGUCAUUAGUAAAGGGUGGGAGAAUCGUUUAUCAGUUCCCUUUUUUUAUAACUUUGCAGGUGACACCCAGAUCUCGGCUCCAGAGGUUCUUGUGAGUGAAGAUAAUCCACGACGAUACAAACCUUUUAUUUUCUCUGAAUUGCAAUCUGAAAUGCGGAAAGGACUCAGAAAUUAUAAAGCAGACGGAGAACAAGUCAAAGUGAUGGAACGGUUAGCUGCCAUAUAA